CGAGCUAACAACAUUGUUUACCGUUGACAUGUAGCAUCUGUAUGUUACAGAGUUGCAAAGUGAUAGUACGUGACUUAGAUUGAUCGCAUACCUAUCUAAUAAAAAGUUAGUGCUGUUAUAUAAUAUUAUAUCCAAUAUAAUGAUUCUUGAAAUAUGGAUUGUCGUUUUAUUUGUGGCCGCAGUGUUGUACUAUCGUCAGGUGUACUCAAGAUUUACUAAAUAUGGUGUCAAACAACAGACACCGUUCCCUUUAUUUGGCAAUAUGUGGAGAGUGACCCUUCGACUGGAACAUUUUACUGAUACAAUGAAUUCAAUGUAUAAAGAAUUUCCAGAAGAAAGGUUCAUUGGACGAUUCGAAUUCAUCAAACCCUGUCUGUUUGUAACAGACAUUGAAUUAAUAAAAAAAAUAACGGUUAAAGAUUUUGAACAUUUUCUGGAUAGAAGCGGCUUCUCUGUUGAAGUAGACCCGUUGUUUUCAAGAAAUUUAUUCUCUUUGAAAGGUCAAGAAUGGAAAGACAUGAGGUCGACCCUGAGUCCGGCUUUCACGAGCUCCAAGAUCAAACAGAUGGUGCCGUUUAUGGAAGAAGUGGGAGAGAUGAUGAUACAAGCAGUGAAAAAUAAAAUUAAAAAUUCAGGAAGUGAAUGGAUUGAAAUCGACUGCAAGGACUUAACAACACGCUAUACAAAUGAUGUGAUCGCUUCUUGCGCUUUUGGCAUAAAAGUGGACUCACAUACUAAUGUUGACAACGACUUCUAUAAAAUUGGAAAAAUAGCUAGCACGUUCAAAACUAGAGAUGUCAUUUUGUUCCAAUUGUACUCCGCAGCACCUUUCCUUGGAAAGUUCUUUAAACUGGAAUUGCUCUCGACAAAAACAAGAAACUUUUUCAUCGAUCUUGUUUUAAGCACCAUGAAGGAAAGGGAGACCCACAACAUUAUGCGACCGGAUAUGAUUCACUUACUAAUGGAAGCCAAGAAAGGCAGACUGCAUCAUGAAAAAGAUGUGAUUAACGCUGACGAUGGCUUUGCUACGGUGGAAGAAUCCGAAGUAGGAAAGAACAAUAAACAUAAAAGUUGGUCGGACACCGACCUCAUCGCCCAGGCAGUUCUAUUCUUCAUCGCAGCCUUCGAAGUAGUUUCAACGGCGAUGACCUUUACACUUACUGAACUAGCACUGCAUCCUGACGUGAAAGAGAGGCUUGCGCGUGAGAUAAAGGAACACAAUGAGAAAUAUGGUGGCAAGAUAGACCUACAUUCUAUACAAACAUUAACUUAUUUGGAUAUGGUUAUCUCAGAAGUAUUGAGGUUGUGGGUACCUACCAUACUCAUAGAAAGGAUGUGCGUUAAAGACUAUAACAUGGGGAAACCUAACGGUGAAGCUAAGGAAGAUUUUAUUCUCCGCAAAGGUGAAUCACUACAUAUUCCAACUUGGUGCAUUCAUCGUGAUCCACAAUUCUUUCCUAAUCCUAAUAAGUUCGACCCUGAACGGUUCUCUAAAGAAAAUCGACAUCUAAUCCAUCCCAUUGCCUACAUGCCUUUCGGACUUGGACCAAGAAACUGCAUCGGUUCGCGCUUCGCUCUCUGCGAGCUAAAGCUUUUAGUGUAUCAGAUUCUUCUUAAUUUUGAUUUGUCACCAACCAAAAAGACAUGUAUUCCAGCAAGAUUGAACAAGAGCUCUUUCCAUCUUCAACUUGAGGGCGGACAUGCGCUGAAAUUCAGAUCACGUUAUAAUUUAAUAUUGUGAAUUUACGCGAUGAUUAUUUUAAAAUAACAUAAGCUAUUAUUUUUCUACCUUC